CGGUGCACAUCGCCAUUUUAUACCCGCUCCAUUACUUGCAACUAUACCGAGACCUUCCUUAACCGUCAAACUCACACCAACUUCUAUCCUCUUCCUCUCUCCUUCGACCUGUUAAUAUCCCUUCUCCGCUCGUCCCUCCGGACCCACGUACAAGACAAUGUCUGUACCGGUCACAUAUAAGCCUUCUCCCUUGGGAUAUGGCUCUUCUCCCACACGCAGCUCCCCCUUUCGCAGACCCGAGUCCCCUGCUUCGCCCUCUCCUCUCCGGCACAUUACUCCCACUGGAUCGCCGACCAAGGCUGGACCUUUUGGCGCGACAUCACGAUUCGCUAGACCGACCACUCCCACGAGCUCCCAGCCCAGCUGGACACCCAAGCCCAAGACCCCAGUAGCAGACGACAUGCCUACAUCUCCUUCACGAAUUGGCGCGUCGCCGCGCACUCCAGUAUCAAAGACGCUUGGCAAUGGCAAUGCGUUGUCUCAGCUGCAACCUACUCAGGUCCGGACACUUCGAGACGGGUUUCAAAUCUUGGAUCGGGACUGUGAUGGAGUUGUCAACCGAGAAGACGUCGCCGAUAUGCUCAGCCAGCUAGGCCUUCCUUCACACCCAGCAGACGUAUCAAAAUUCUUCCCCCCUUCUGCACCACAGACCAUUACUCUUGCAGUAUUCCUCAACUCCCUCGCCGAUGCCCUCGCAGCUCUCUCGCCCAGUGCCGAGCUCCUGUCCGCCUUCUCAGCGUUUGAUGAUGACGACAGCGGCCAGGUAGACCUGGCUGAACUGCGCAAUGCACUCUUGGAGACGGCGCCCGAACCCGGUCAGAGACCUCUGACGACCAAGGAGGUGGAUAAGAUCAUGAAUGGAUUCACCGGGCGUCGGGCCUUCAAUCGCAACAUGAAUGCACACAUUGGUGCCAAGCGAGGCGAGGUCUUCAAGUACCAGGAUUUCGUUCACUCCAUCAUGGGCUCCAACAAUGGUUCAGAAGGCAACUCCAACGAGAACUCUGAGGAUUGAGCAGUUCUCUGGUCACGGUGUAAGUUAGGGAUUUGGUUUGGAAAAGGUCGAUUCGGUUUGGAAACGGUUUGGGCAAUGGAUUUGGGAAUAGCAUAAGUCAUCGAAUGAGAACACGAGUAAUUAUUGCACCCUUG